GGAAAAUGACUCAAGCACCAUGCUUCUUCAACCCUUUUCCAAGAACUGGCUUUCAACAAUUGGCGGUUAACCAAAUAACCGCCCGGCUAGCUCAAUCGGUAGAGCGUGAGACUCUUAAUCUCAAGGUUGUGGGUUCGACCCCCACGUCGGGCUCAAUUCCCGGCGUUUCCAAAUGCGCCUUUCUUUUUUCGCUUUUUGUGGUUUUCUUUCUUUUUUUUUUGACUCCCUUAAUUCUUUGAUCUUCCUCCCCCUUCCUUUCUGCCCUUCAACCUAUGCUUUCUUUCCCCUUCUCUCUCCCCGUCAGCGAUCUUGCUGCUGCCUCUUCAACCGAUGCGGACGCCUUGGUUCGUACAUGUACGCGUCGAUUUCUGGAGUGUCUGUUAUGUCAACUGCUGUCCCGUACCAACUCAGCUGGUGCUGUGGUAUGUGCGGUACAUGUGAUUCUGUGAGUUCGUACGCGAAGAUUGAACUCGGGUCUUCAGGCACAUUCUGGUGGGUGUCAUCGAACCAAGGGUCCAAACAAUUCCAUGCUUGCGUUUCGAGAUCAAAGUUCUCUGGGCCUUGAGGUUGUUGAACAGGUCGCUCUACUUCUCGGAUUUGAGGUUCCUCUGUGUGGCAAGGUAGCAC